AAAUUGUGGGUUGACCAACUUGUUGGCUACUCACAACUAUUUCAACUAUUGGUAUGCAUGAUUGCAUGAUAUGAUGAUAGGCUCUACACUAUUUAUAGCCUAGAAUAUUAUCCCCUUUGCGACGAGCCUUUGGAACUUCAAUUCCUCCUCGCUCCUUCCACACUACAAAACCUUUCACAUCCUAAUCCCAUUCUUCAAAAGUUUCUGAUCUCAAUGCCAAGAGAAAUAUAUAUAAUCCAAGAAGCUUAAAAUAAUGCUGGGGAAGAAGAUUAGUUCGAUGAAGAAGCUAGCCAAGAAGGCUUGCUCAUCACAACAACACCACGAGUGCUUGCUCAUCAAGCAGGGUGAUGAUGGGGAAGGCCGGGAAUCUCCGAGCCGGCGCGGCGGCACGCCCACCGGAGCUUUCGCGGUGUACGUGGGGGAGGAACGGCGGCGGUUUGUGGUGCCCACCAGCUACCUGUCCCACCCAUUGUUCAAGAUCUUGCUGGAGAAGGCCUACGACGAGUUUGGGUUCGCCCAAUCCGGCGGCCUUUUGUUGCCGUGUAGUGUAAAGACGUUCCAACAAGUGGUCCACGCCGUCGAAUGCUGCAACGGCCAGUUCCAUUUUGGGGAACUAGUACACCAAUUUCAUUAGAAUACGUAUGUUAUGUACGAGGCCAAUAGAUGUUCUUUUUACUCUUUUUUUUUUUUCUUAAAAAAAAAACCUCAGGUGAUCUUAGUUUUGCUAGACUAAUCUUAAAUUCACGGGAUCUCACUUCUGAAGUUCUGAUCAAAUUGUAAAAUUAUUUCACUUUAUCUGAGCACCAAAAUAACAAACACAAAUUUUUAAAGUUUC